GGUGAUUGCGUCCCAUAUACGGGCUGCUGGAGCCGGGCGGGUAGCGCGAUUGCCUGCACAAUGGGCAGUAGGAUCACUUUCUUCGAGGGAGAAUGAAAUUGACAAAGCUUUCUGGAGCAGGCUUGAAACCGACCAGAAGCCCUUUCCUUGUGGAAAUCCUCGAUUGGAAGACAAAGCAACAAUUAUGCUUUUUCGAAAAGGUUGAACCACAUGCUACAAUAAGUGAUAUCAGACUAAUGUUCCAUAAAUUAUAUCCUCAGUGGUACCCAUCAAGGCAGUCUAUAAGACUUGACCCCAAAGGAAAAUCCCUGAGGGAUGGAGAAAUCCUUCAGCUGCUCCUUGUUGGCAUGACCGCCACUCUUUAUUUUAAAGAUUUAGGCCCCCAAGUAGGAUGGACAAUGGUAUUUUUGAUAGAAUAUACGGGCCCAUUGUUCAUCUAUUUUGUGUUUUAUUUCCGCAUGCCUUUUAUCUAUGGCCUGGAUGACAGGUUUACCUCGAGCCAACAUCCAGUAGUUAACUUGGCAUGUAUCUGCCAUUCUUUCCACUACAUCAAAAGGUUGAUUGAAACAAUAUUUGUUCAUCGGUUCUCCCAUGGGACUAUGCCACUGAGGAAUAUUGUUAAGAAUUGUUUCUAUUACUGGGGAUUUGCUGCCUGGCUUGCUUAUUAUAUCAAUCACCCUCUUUACACACCACCCUCCUAUGGAAAAAAGCAGGUCAAUUUUGCUCUAAUCAUGUUUCUGACAUGUGAAGCUGGAAACUUUUCUAUCCAUGUUGCACUUAGUAAUCUGAGAAGAGAUGGUAAAAUAGGAUCCAAGACCAAUAAGAUUCCUUAUCCAACGAAGAAUCCUUUCACAUGGCUAUUUUAUUUUGUGUCCUGCCCUAAUUAUACCUAUGAGGGUAUAUACCUGGGUACAAAAACAGCUGAAGUGUAUCUCAAGUGCAUCCUCUAUCUUCAUAAAAUACUUAAGAGGUAUCUCUCAGAGGAACUGUGAAGAAGUAAGAUAAAGACUGCUUUUUAAAAUUGUCCAGUGAAAAAGUAAAUAAGACAGGCAGUGCAUUGGGUUAUUUGUAAAUGGGAGCAUUCCAGUAGAAGAUUUGGAGGAUUAUACAACUAUCCACACCUUAUUACAUUUUCACAUGAUGGCAGAGUUGGCCCUACCAUUAAUUAGGUAGUGUGAUAUAGCCUGCCUUUGCAGUAUUAGCAAAGGGCAGCAAAUUUACCAGUUAUUUAGUUUCUUGCAAUUUUAUUUUGCAUCCUUUGGAUUUUCUGCCUUGGAUAGCAAACAAUUUUGUGCUGUCUCUACAUCCUAUUGUCUCUGUUACAUUUGAAGAAUGUGACUUCUUUAUUUGCCUUCAUUGAGUUAGUUGAGACUUUAAACAUCAUUUGGCAAAGGGAUGUUGCGACAGAAUGUCACUUCUCUAGGAAUAUACCCUUACUCUGUGGAGCGAGCAGGAGAGAGAAAAUGUAUUGCAAUGGAAACUGAAAAAAAUACAGUUGCAGUCCAGAAGGAAGCAGCAUGUGUGCACAUACAUGAUUUUUGCACAGAGAACUUCCUUCAAAAGCAGCCAGCUAGACUCCCAAGAGAGAGACUUUUAAAAUGAAGGGCUUUUCAAGAGGGGAAAACAGACGAAUGUUUAUCUACAUACA